GGCCGCGGGCGGCAGAGGGAGAGGAUGGAGAACCUGGGGCUGGAGCUGGAGGACACUGGGUCCCCGCGACGCUGGAGCCGCGGAGCGAGAGGGCACAGAGACCCUGGAGUGGAGUUGGGGGUGGACACUUUCAGCCAUGAAUCAGACGUAGAACAUAACUGGCACCAGAUAAGUGCCAUGAUGCUUCCUCAGUCUGCUUCCUGUCUACCCUCAGACUAUGACGAGAGGGGGCACCUUCAUGAUGCUUUCACACAGAUGACACUCGCCCUCCAAGAGGUGGCUGCAGCUCAGGGGUCCUUUAAGGCUGCCUUCCCUAUUGCUGCAGCAAAAAUGAAGAAGACCAUUCAACAGCUUAAAAAAGUCCAGGACUGCAUCCCUCCUUGUGGCGUCCAGGAGGUCACUAGGCGUUUCUACUGCUGGGGCUGCUUUUCCACAGUCUGCGACCUCCCUCUAGACUGUCCAGGUGAGUCGGCAGCGGCAGCGCAGGCAAGCCUGGGAAGGGGCGGGGCUUGUGCGGGCCUGCCAGAACGACCUUUCCUCUCUCCAGUUCAGGACGUGACGGUGAAGCGAGGGGAUCAGGCUUUGUUUUCUUGUAUCGUGGGCUUCCAGUUGCCUGAAUCGGAGCUCACUUACUCAUGGAAAUUCGCGGGAGGAGGUCUCCGGACUCAGGACGUGUCAUACUUCCGUGAUGUGCCAGGGGCCCACGGGUACCUGGCGCGGAUCCGGCCAGUGCAACCCACCCACCGCGGGACCUUCUCCUGCGUGAUCCUGCACGACCAACGCCCCCUGGCGCGGCUUUACUUCUAUCUGAACGUGACCGGCCCUCCUCCGCCUGGGGAGACUGAGCUCCAGGUCACGUUCCGGGAAGUGAUACAUUGGACACCGCGGGAGGCGGAAAUGAUCGAGCCCUGGAGGCCCAGCCUAACCGAACUGCUUGCCAGGCCCCAGGCUCUGACGCUUGGCAACCUGUUCCUGCUCGCGGCUAUUGCUGCACUCGUGUCUGCUAGCGUCACUGUGCUAGUGUGAAUUCGGGUCUGGAAAACAGUCUUGGUGAGCAAAAGACUUGCACUGAGUCAUGAGGACCCCAGUUGGAUCCACAGAACCCAUGUAAAACGGCGGCGUAAGAUACUGAGCCUCUGUAAUCCCUGCUCUUCUAUACAAGAUGAGAGAUGGAGCCAGGAGAAUCCCAGAAAGCUUGUGUGCCACCCAGGCUGGGAGUGCAGUGGAAAAUUAGAGACCCUACCUCAAAGAAGAUGGAAAGCAAGGACUGGAUGCACAGAUGACAUGUCCUUUGACAUCCACCUGUGUGCACACAGUCACACAUGAGCGCACACACAAAGAUAACACAAAAUUAAAAGAAAUGGCUGACGCUGUAGAUGCGGCUGAGUAAAUGGAGUAACUGCCUAGUAUGUUCAAAGCCCCUGCUCCCAUCCUCUGUGAACACAACGUGCUGGUUUGUGUCUAUCAAUCUAGAACCCGGGAGAUGAAAGCUGUUGGAGCUGAAGCUCAAGGUCAUCCUCGCCAAGUUUGAGACUAACCUUUGUUCUAUGAGAGCCUGUCUCAAAAUAAGUGAAAAAUAAUUAUUUUAAAAUAUCAUAAAUGAUCUAUUAUUUAAUAGUAAUUCAUUCAUAUAUUUAAAAAUAAUAGUUAAAAAGAACUAUAAGACCUCAUAGUUAUUUCCCUAGGUAUAUACUUAAGAAUUAGAGUCAUAGGUCCACACAAAAACCUGCUGAAGAACAUCAUAGUCCCAAGUUGGAGACAACUAAAUAUCUGUCUGUUGAUAAUAGGGUGGAUAAAAAUUGUUUGUGUCCUGUCAUGGUCUACUGCUUAACAAUAAAAAGAAAUGAAUCAGAGAUUCAAUGGCUUGAGUGAGCUUUGAAAGUCUUAAGCUAAAUCAACCAUAAAAGGUCACAGACUGCCAGCUUCCAUUUAUAGUACUCUCUAGAACAGGUAAAUUCACAUUUAGAAGAUGAGUGACUGCCUUGAGUGUGUGUGGGAUGAGGGGUGACCACCAGUGAGUAUGGAGUCCCCUGGGGAGAGAUGGAAAUAAGUAGAGUUAGAUUACAGCUAUGGCUGCACAAUGACCAAGUUACUAAACUUGGAGUUUUUUCAUGGAAUGUUGCUAUCCACAGAAAAGGAAG